AUGUCGUUUAGCCCUGGGUUUACGUGUGGCCUUUCGGCCGAGACGAAGGAGAAAGCAAGAGUAGAACUGAACGAAGAUCCAUUAACACGACACGCGAAAAUCCAACUACUUCGCGACAGAAUGGUUUUCCGUCCGGAUCUCCCGUUUCGUAAAACGGAUGAAAAAUAUCUUCUUCGUUUCCUACGGGCCCGCAAAUUCGACGAGGAGCGAGCGUUUCAGUUAUUAUGCGCUCAUAUUGAAUUUAAAAGAGGCAAUCGUGAUCUGUUUGAUGGUUUGUGCUUAGAAAAUCUUCGCCAUGUUUUAGAAGAGGGAUUCCCUGGUGUUCUUGAGAGCAGGGACUUCAACGGCUCCAGGGUCUUGGUGCUCUUUCCAGGGCGGUGGGCGACAGAGAUGUUUAGUUUUAAAGAAAUUAUAAAAGCAUUGGUAUUCACGAUGGAAGAAUUGAUAGCCGAAGAAGAGACGCAAGUGAACGGGAUUAUCGCCAUUGUGGAUUUUACUGACUGGUCGUUGACGAAGCACGCACGGUAUAUCAGUAUACGAGAGUUGAGGAACGUCAUUAAAAUAUUUCAGGUGGGAAAUCUUAUACUUUUUUGAAGAGAAUUUUUUGCUAAGUAUAUAUAGAGUUGAGGAUUUACCAUACGAGACAUUACGAAGCAUAUUAAUAUAGACAAUUCCCAUUAUAGACUAAUUUUAAAACUAGGCUAGGAGAUGCAAUAAGUCGCCACAACUAGAAAGAGCAUACUAAAAUGAGUAAAAUUCCAAAGUUUGAUUGCGAAAUGUUGUAAAAUGCGGAAAAUAUAGCCUUGCCAAUACAAAAGUACACAAAAUUUGCAAACUUCACAAGGCUAUAUUUUCCGCAUUUUACAACAUUUCGCAACGAAAUUAAAUAAGUUAAAAGCUAAACACAGGAACAGAUAGUCUGGUCAACCCAUAAACGCUAAACUCUCUUCUUUGACGAGUCAAACUUAGAAAGAGUAACAUGGAAACAUAUAGGCACAUUUCUGCUGAUUAAUGUCAUACACUCUUCCGGAGUGUUUAGCCCAUUUUCCACUAGGCGAAUUUGUUCGCGCGAAACGAAAAACAAAUCUUGGCAAUGUGUUGGGUCAGCCUCGAAAAAGUUGGAUCAGUUGCUAAUUUUUUACUGUUCGCACGAACAAAUUCGCCUGGGGGAAAAUGGACUUUGGAAGGAAUAAGAAGAAGCGCUUUCUCAGUAAUGGUUAGAUAGAAGUACCUUAUUCAUCGUUCCUCCUAGGAAUGUUUUCCUGCACGUGUCAAAGCCAUACAUCUCGUGAACCAACCGUGGUACAUACACGUCGCUGUGAAAGCUCUCACUCCUUUCUUGAAAACAAAAAUUGGAGACAGGGUAAGACAAACACUUACUGGUUUAAUUUGGGUUUCCUCCUGUAGUAACACUGGUUCAAUAACAGAUUAUCCUUACUGGACCUCUAGGAAGAACAGUUUAGAACUGAUAGAACUAUCCUGUAUAAAUAAAGUUAGUUUAGUUGAGGUUUCCUCCUGUAGUAACACUGGAUCAAUAACAGAUUAUCCUUACUGGACCUCUAGGAAGAACAGUUUAGAACUGAUAGAGCUAUCCAGUAUACAUAAAGUUAGUUUAGUUUAGGUUUCCUCCUGUAGUAAUACUGGAUCAAUAAGGGAUGAUCCUUACUGGACUUCUAGGAAGAACAGUUUAGAACUGAUAGAGCUAUCCAGUAUAAAUAAAGUCAGUUUAGUUUAGGUUUCCUCCUGUAGUAAUACUGGAUCAAUAAGAGAUGAUCGUAACUAGACCUCCAGGACGAAAAUUUCAGAAAUCUCACAUGACAUAACUUUCUACCAUAGCUUCUUCUCCAUGGUAACAAUCUGACGUCACUACACAUGUUCAUACACCCAGACCUGCUUCCAGCAGAAUUUGGUGGGAACAAACCAGAGUACGACAAGUUGUCAUGGUUACGAACUGUGAUGGCGAAGAACAGUUUUCAACAUACGUGCGCAACUAUGGCUGCCGUGGCAGAACAAUUAAAUGGACAUUUGAAAAAAAUAGAAAGAGAAUCUUAG